GGAACCUUCAUCUCCCUUCAUUUUCUACUCUUCACCUCCUAUUCUGUAAUCCUCAGGGAUGUCUGAAGACAAUCACACCACUGUGAAAGAGUUCAUUUUUGUAGGAAUCACAGAAGAUUCAAAGCUAGAGCUCAUCCUCUUUGUGGUGUUCUUGUUGAUCUACUUGGGAAAUGUGGGCAUGAUCCUCCUGAUCAUCUCGGAUGAGCAGCUCCACACGCCCAUGUACUUCUUCAUCUGCCACCUCUCUGUAAUGGACCUGGGCUACUCCACAGCCAUUGUUCCACGCAUGCUAGCUGAUUUCCUUGACCAGCGCAAGGUAAUCUCCUUCACCAGUUGUGUCAACCAGUUUGUAUUUUUUGUAGCCUUUGUGGAUACUGAAUGUUACACUUUGGCUGCCAUGGCAUAUGAUCGCUAUGCAGCUAUCUGUCUCCCCCUCCACUAUACCAUAGUCAUGUCAAGGAAGGUCUGCCUAGUCCUGGGGAUUGGUUGCUACUCUGCAGGCCUGAUGAGUAUGGUGACCCAUACCAGCCUCACCUUCAGUUUAGACUUCUGCGGCCCCAAUAUUAUCAAUAACUUCUUCUGUGAGAUCCCUCCUCUAAUAGCACUGUCUUGCUCUGACACUUCUAUCAGUGAAAUUCUCCUUUUCUUCUUCUGUGGAGUCAAUGAGUUCAGCACCAUCAUUGUCAUCCUAAUCUCAUAUUUCUUCAUCUUUGCUGCCAUCUUGAGGAUCCGCUCAGCUGAGGGCAGACGCAAAGCCUUCUCUACCUGUGCUUCCCAUCUAACUGGGGUCACACUCUUUUAUGGGACAGUUAUGUUUAUGUACCUGAGGCCACCAUCCAGCUACUCAUUAGAUCAGGACAAAUGGGCCUCCGUGGUCUACACACUAGUAAACCCAACACUGAACCCCCUAAUCCAUAGCCUGAGGAAUAAAGGUGUGAAGGAAGCUUGUCGAAGAAUAAUCACAGCAAGAAAGUGUUUUCACACUGAUGAAUCAGGGGGAGUACUGAUAUAA